AUGGCACCUCCACGAAGACGUGCUCGUCGUGUACCUGGAAUGGCAUCACCGGCUCCCGCUGGCGCUGUCCAAGGACAGGCUUCAGUCAACAAAGGCAAAAGGCGAGCUUUGCUACUUGGGGAGAAGGAAGCCGGCCCAUUGACGAAGAAGAAGAAGAGAAUAACGAGGAAAACAACGGUUACGGCUUCUCAACGUGAACCUUUGACAGGGGAAGCUCUCAUGGCCGAUCUGAGUACCGAUUAUACCGGAAGGCUGCGCUCUCGCCCUCGGAAGGCUCCCAGAAGACAGGAAUGGGGAAUGUCGGAGACUCCUAUCACUGAUCGAGAGCAAGCACCGAUUGGCUGGAAUCCAAAUGAGCCUGACCUGAAGGACGAUGACUUGGAUACUCAGAUCAAAAGGUGCCGGGUGCGAAUCCUAGACAAUAUCAUGCCUCAUGUCUACGAACAUAAACUGAGAGGUUUACUAGACAAAAAGAGGGAACGCGAUGCAAGAAUGGCGAAUGAGCCUGGAUUGAGUUGGCCCGUGGUGCAGCGCCUAAAAACUCUCCAUGGUAUCUUGAACUGGCUUGAGAAAGAAAAGGACGACUACAGAAUGAUUGAUACGGUGGAAGCCAUCAUAGAACAAUACCGAGCAGGCGAAUUAUCCUGGACUCCGGGCCUUGUUACCUACUGGUAUCUUGGAACUAGGCUCUGCGAGCCACGUCCGUUCCACUGGGAUGAAUUUGCAUUUGUGCAUGACAGGUGCAAAGCACAUUCAGGGUUCUGGGUUGAAGGUUUACCGAUUUCGAUUCGGUGUCCAGUACCUGCAGAAGAAGGAGAGGCUACGCCCUUGGAGCUGGAGUUCAUUGACGACACGGGUGCUGAUAACUUUGCCAUGUGGUCCAGUGAUGUCUCUGAUCUUAUAGCCCAGGGACCUGGGGCUGGAUAUCCUAUGCCCCGCGCCCUAGGUGUUGCGGAGUCCACCUUGGCAGAUGGGAGUGAUGAGUACACCAUAAUUAGGGAGUUCGAAAUCAACAUGUGGAGCGUUACUGACAACGCAUGGAUGUUGGAUGAUUGGGAUAAGGUCCCAAUUUGCAUCAGGAAAGGAACAGCAGAUUUCGCUCAUACGCGUUUAUGUGGUAGCUGGCUUCGGAACAGAUUUUAUACUACAACUAUUCCCGACCACACAUAUUACCUGUCAAUCUAUGACUACAACCCCGCGGCUCCCCCACCAGGAGCGUUCUCUAUCGCUACCGCUGACCCAGCGCUCAGGAAUGUGCCAUUCCCACCCGCAAUCGGUUUGAGACCCCUUUCCAACUUCAGGCUUGAUCUCUCUUUGCCAGAAGCAGUUCUAUCCCGAUCCCCAUCUCCAACCUCGCCCGGUCCCUGA